GAGCAACAGCCAGAGACUAAGAAUUCAGGGUCACUGGGGAGUCGGACCUCUGGGCCCCUGGCUGUGCAUUGCAGGUGUCCAGGAAUUGUAAGGACCCACUGCUCCUGGGAGGAUGGUGCGGAUCUUGGCCAAUGGAGAGAUCGUCCAGGAUGAUGACCCCCGCGUGAGGACCACUACGACACAGAGAGGGAGCACUCCUCGGCAGGGCUUUCUCAACAGGGGUCAUGGUGCCCCUCUAGGGGGGCCUGGGCCCCGCCAGCAGCAGCAGGCAGGUGCCAGGCUUGGUGCUGCCCAGUCCCCCUUCAAUGACCUCAACAGACAGUUGGUGAACAUGGGCUUCCCCCAAUGGCACCUGGGUAAUCAUGCCGUGGAGCCCGUGACCUCCAUCCUGCUGCUCUUCCUGCUCAUGAUGCUUGGGGUUCGUGGCCUCCUGUUGGUGGGCCUUGUCUACCUGGUGUCCCACCUGAGCCAGCGGUGAUCACUGGGGCCAACGGGGAGUGUGUGAGAGGAACUGGCUGGUGUGACAGUCGGCACAGGGGGAGGGGCCGGGGGUGUGGUGUGGGCUUUCUCAUGGUAUUAAGCAUGAGGCAGAGAGAGACCUAGCCUAGCAUCUCUCAGUUAUGGAAUGGGUACCCUAGCUCUCCUGAGAUCCUAUUGGGGGGUAUAAGGGCUCCAUUUAAGAGAUAAAGGGCAAGAAUUAGAAAGGAGUUGUUCCAAUUUAGUCCUUUUUAUGCCAAGAAGGAAGUCUCAACAUGGUGCUGGUGUGACUUCCCGCCUUCCUUAGGAGCAGGUCAGGCUGAGGGCGAGUAGGAGACCUUUCCAGACUUUUAUAGCACUGUUUUGUUCUAAUGGUGUAUUUGUACUGGCUACCUUUUACUUAUGACAAGGAGACCUGGCAUUCUGUUUGUUGUGAUAUUUUCAAUAAAUAAGUCAACCAAUGGGCCAUGUGAAGAAGUUGUUAGAUGACCCUACAGUUCCACACCGGUCGGGAAGAUGAGGUAAAGGUGGUUUGGGAUUGGUUGGGAUUGUAGAGAAGGGCAGCAACUGG